CCCGGUGAAACUUGAGCCAGGGUAGGCUGAGGUCCGAAGUGCCCGUCAAGAUGGAAGUGAAUCCCCCCAAACAGGAGCACCUGUUGGCGCUGAAAGUGAUGCGAUUGACUAAGCCUACUUUAUUCACCAAUAUUCCUGUAACGUGUGAAGAGAAGGACUUACCUGGUGAUCUCUUUAACCAGUUAAUGAAAGAUGAUCCUUCAACUGUAAAUGGUGCAGAGAUUUUAAUGUUGGGAGAAAUGUUGACUUUACCCCAAAAUUUUGGGAAUAUAUUUUUGGGAGAGACCUUUUCCAGUUAUAUCAGUGUUCACAAUGACAGCAAUCAAGUUGUAAAAGAUAUAUUGGUGAAGGCGGAUCUCCAGACGAGCUCUCAGCGUUUAAACCUUUCAGCCUCCAAUGCUGCUGUGGCUGAACUUAAACCUGAUUGUUGUAUUGAUGAUGUCAUACACCAUGAAGUAAAGGAAAUUGGGACGCACAUCUUGGUGUGUGCUGUGAGUUACACAACUCAGGGUGGAGAAAAAAUGUACUUUAGAAAGUUCUUCAAAUUUCAGGUUCUCAAACCAUUGGAUGUGAAAACCAAAUUUUACAACGCAGAGAGUGACCUCAGUUCUGUGACUGAUGAAGUAUUUCUUGAAGCCCAAAUUCAGAAUAUUACAACCUCACCAAUGUUUAUGGAGAAAGUUUCACUAGAGCCAUCCAUGAUGUACAAUGUAACAGAAUUAAAUUCAGUGAACCAAGCUGGAGAAUGUGUAUCUACAUUUGGGUCCAGAGGAUAUUUGCAGCCAAUGGAUACACGCCAAUACUUGUACUGCCUAAAGCCCAAGAAGGAAUUUGCAGAAAAAGCCGGCAUCAUCAAGGGAGUGACAGUGAUUGGGAAACUGGAUAUAGUGUGGAAAACAAAUCUAGGUGAAAGGGGACGGUUACAGACCAGCCAGCUCCAGAGGAUGGCUCCAGGUUAUGGAGAUGUCAGGCUGUCUUUAGAGGCCAUCCCAGAUACUGUAAACCUAGAAGAACCAUUCCAUAUUACCUGUAAAAUCACAAACUGCAGCAGUGAGAGGACGAUGGACCUGGUGCUGGAGAUGUGCGACACCAGCUCUGUCCACUGGUGUGGGAUUUCAGGAAGACAGCUGGGGAAGCUGCACCCCAGCUCCUCGCUCUGCCUGGCCCUGACGCUCCUGUCCUCCGUGCAGGGGCUCCAAAGUGUCUCUGGUUUAAGACUCACUGACACAUUUUUAAAGAGAACAUACGAGUAUGAUGACAUCGCGCAAGUCUGCGUGGUCUCGGCAGCCGUGGAAGCCUGAAGGAAGCCCUAAUGUCAGACUUCUUGUGUCACCACAGAAAUGCUCUCUGUAUUUUGUCAGCCUUGUGCAAUGAUCAGUAGCAAAAAUAAGUAUAUGUUAUUUAAAUUUGUUUCCUGUAAAGCAGUUAAAUAUUAAAUGUUUGUUGUAAAAAACA